UGUGCCGGUGACAUAUUUAAAUCACCCGCCUGUGACCCAAGAGCUACAUCCUCCGAUUUCUCAGCGCCGUAUCAUUUGUGGUUUUUCGGAUUCUAUUCCGAGUCUUUUUCUUCGCGGGGUUCCUCUUUUUUUUUCUUUCUUCUACCUUCCAGACGCUUUCUAUUCGGCUUUUGGAUGUUGGACUUGGAGUAAGCUGUAACUACUGAAGGGACUUGGCGUAAGCUGUAAGUACUGAAGUAAAUUAAGGACCAGUUAUGUGCUACAAUAUGAUGGAUUGUCACGUGGUGCUUAAACUAUUGCCGCAAAUAGAUGAAAUUUGUUCCUUCCUUUGAUUUAAGGAUGAAAAUUGAGGCGAGUCUUGUCUCAUCCAUUGCAAGUUCAAGUGCAAGGCAGCAUAGUAGUGCAGGGGUAAAUGAAGAUAUAUCUAAACCAUUAAGAGUCCUACUGCCUACUUGUUUGGAGGAGGUAUAUCCUAAGUUGCCAGAUUCUCAACAGGUUUCAAUGGAACGAGAACUGGUAUCAAGGCCACUUGUUCAUUCCAACCAUUUACACUCUAGCAGUGGAGUAGUUGGCAAUAUAUUUUCAUCUUCUCCAGGGUUUUCAACAGAUCUUCACUACUCAUCCGUUUCGUUUUAUGAAAACCAAUCAGUUGCACCGUUCAUUUCCGAUUCAUCAGCUAAUGGUGCACUCUUACAUUCUCAUUCAGAACUCUUUUCAUCAACCAACCAUCCUACUGGUGAAAAUGUCAAUUCCUGGUGUACGGAUGCACUGCCAGAUUUUCUGGAAGCUCCUGAAAAUAACCCUGUUGGCAAUAGUCACGUAGAAAACAAUAGUUGCAGCUCUCUUAUGGUUUCAGAUGAAUUCAGUAAAGAAAAUGAUUGGCAGGAUUGGACAGAUAGAAUAAUAACUGAUGAUUCAUUGACUUCUAAUUGGAGUGACCUUCUAGUGGAUGCCAAUGUUGCAGAUUUGGAACCAAAGAUAGCGUACCAAGCAUCUAAACCAGUGAUAAAAAUGCAAGUGCAGCAGUCUCAAAUUCAAAAUCAGCUUCCUUCUUCUGGGGAAAUUUCUAUGAUUGCUACCUCAACUCCCUCUUCAAAUGGAGCUCCCUCCAAGCCACGAAUGCGAUGGACACCAGAACUUCAUGAUGCAUUUGUAGAGGCUGUAAACAAACUUGGUGGCAGUGAAAGAGCUACUCCAAAAGGUGUUCUAAAGCUUAUGCAAGUGGAGGGUUUGACAAUCUAUCAUGUGAAGAGCCACUUGCAGAAAUAUAGGACGGCUAGAUACCAACCAGAAUCAUCAAAAGGGUCAAUGGAGAAAAGCACCACCUCGCUUGAGGAUAUUUCAUCACUCGAUUUGAAAACGAGUAUUGAUAUCACAGAGGCUCUACGUCUGCAGAUGGAAGUUCAGAAAAAGUUACAUGAGCAACUCGAGAUCCAACGAAAUUUACAGUUAAGAAUAGAAGAACAAGGGAAGUACCUUCAAAUGAUGUUUGAAAAACAAUUCAAGUCAGGCAAUAACCUGAAAGCAUCCACAUUGGAUGAGUCUCCAUUUUCAGAUACUGUUGAUGAUUUCUCUGCCAAAACAGAGCUGGAAACUUCCCAGGUGGAAAUUUGCACAGCCCGCACUGAUCCAUCUGAAGCUGACACAAUAUCCGAAAAUGUUACUAACGAAGAAGGCGGGAAGCCAGAAGCACGGCAUAGAAAAGUCCCCGAAAAUACCGAGCCAGACGCUUCAAAAUCUAGCUCCCAGCUAUCAAAACGCCAAAGGACAGAGAAUUAGGCUGUGCUGUUUCAGGUCUGUCUUCUUUUGUAUUGUCCAAAGUCAUUACUGAAUCUUGAAAAUGCCAGUGUAGGUUGCGGGAAAGGGUAGGUACCUGGUUUUGGCUUUGAGUAUCACUUAGGCAUAUUAGAUAUAAAUGGUCUCACAUUCUAGUUUAUUAGCAAAGACUGAAAUCCAAGUUUUGGUUACAUCAUUCUCUUGUACACAGAGAUUGUACACUCAGUAGCAACUUUAGUGCUGAGUUGAUUUCAAUAUGCAACAGCAAGGGUUCUCUGUUAGAAAUUGCUGUCAA